AAUCUAAUCUCUCAAACUCAAAACACAGCGCAGCUCUCACUCUCUCUCUCAUCUCAUCAGCCUCUCUCUCGUUUUUCAUCUGGACCGAUCAACCUCACAAGAGAUCGACUUUCUCUCAUCGCAAGAUCGACCGAUCGACUCACUCUCUCAUCGCACCAAUCGACCUCGUAAGAUCGAAUCUUUCUCCAGCAACUCUUAUAGGAAUGGAAUACAAGCAUGAGAUUAGCGAAGAAGAAGCCAGAACUAUACUUGAAGUUAUUGCUUCAACUGGGAAAUUUUGCUCUUCUCAGCUUUAUAGAAGGUCCUCCUUUUACCCUGCAGAGGCUUUGUGAGAUCCUUUUGAGUGCGAGAUGCAUUUAUCCAAAUCUCUCGAAACUUGCUCUAGCACUAGAAAAGAAUUUGUUGGUGACAUCUACUCUGACAAUCUCUGCUGAUCCAUAUCCACCUGCAAUGAUGCAAAAACCUGAGGAAAUUGACAAAAGAGAUGAGGAACCUCAGGAAAGAGGUGAGGAACCUCAGGUGGCCUCUAAUCCGGUAGAAAAUGGGGUUGAACAUGUAACAGGUGGCAAUGAUGAAGUAACAACAGAAGUAGAGGAAGCUGAUGUUAAUGACGAUAUGACAAUUGACAUGGAAGUUUUUGAAGAAAUAGUUGGAUCAUCAGAAUCUAAUUCUGUUCCAACUACUGGUUCUUAGCCUCUUGAUGGCCAAACUUGGCAGUACAGAAGUACUCAUAGGUCCAUGUGUCUCGGCUGAUAGGGAACCGUUGAGUUUUAAUUUCGGUUUAGAUCCAUAUAUUCUGAUUCAAAGUUUGAUUACUUUUCCGAUUUCUCAAUUAUAAGGGAUAACUGUACCGGGUUACCUUAUUAGAUAACACUUUGGUACAGCCUACUUAUAUUUCAAGCUUGGAUGCUAUUUUUUUUGUCUUGGCGUUACCUUUGUAGUGUGGAACUUCGUUCAUGAAUUUAUUUGUAAGCUUACUAUUAGUUUCCUUUAACCCUUCAUUGGAUCACGGUUUAUGAUUUGCAUUUUCUUUUUCA